AUGAUCGAUGGAUGCUGUAAACUUCAAACGUGGUGUCAUUAUAUUGUCGUUAUCGUUAAGUUUCUCCAGGUUAAACAGCCACAACCACAAAACACAAACUAUCCUCCAGCAUUCAGACCUCUUGCGCCACAGCAACCUCCACCAGGGGGCCUACGCCCCCUUAAUGAUGUAGGACCCCGAGCUCCGCAACCACGCUUACAGCGAAGUGACAGUCGUGGUCAAUUGCCUGUUCAAUUGCCACCCCGAGGUAUACCAUCUAAUCAACAAGGCCAACCGCAACAAAUUCGUCCAAAUUUACAGCCACGUAUACCACAAACCGGACCACCAUAUCAACAACAACGUCCAUUAACGCCAAAUCAACAAAUAAGACCACAAGUACAGCCUGGUCAACUAGCACCUCGACCUACAGGCAAUUUCCCAAUUAGGCCCCCGCAACCACAACAACAACAACAACAACAACAGCAACAGCAACAACAACAUCAUCAACAACAACAACAACAACAGGGAAACGUUCCUCCAAAUAAUGGGAAUUUCAAACGAAUUGUAACUGCUCUACAGUCUGGGCAAUUAGCAUCUACACCAGAGGAUAGUGUGUUGGAAACAAAUCAACAACCUCCACCAAUAUUUCAGCAGCGACCACCUCAGCCAGGUGCAAGACCACCAGGUGUUUUUCCUCAGAAAAACAUACCUUCAGGCCCAGUAUCAUUAUCACCAGACUUGCAAACAUCUUCGCCAACUGCAUUAAGUAGGCAACCAUCGUUAAUUCGAAAGCAAUCACAAGAAGUUUUUAAUAUAUCUAAAAUGGAAAACCAAUCAGAGAAAAUGGUUGCUGAAAGCGCUGGUAUCGCCGGUUUAUCCGAGAUAGAUGAUAUAACCAAAAGUGGUUCAGCUAAAAAUCGUAGUUAUAGUAUAAGUGUACCUGGAGCUCCUCCUGAAUUAACGAGACCUUUAUCUGAAGACGAAAGGCGGCGCUCAGUUGCUGCCUUUGGAUCAAAUAUACCAGGUUCUGAUGGCAAAUUACCAUCGUCCUUAGCUUUUAUACAAGAAAGAAUUGCGUCUAUUGAAGGAAAAUCAUCAUCACAGUCGUCUUUAAAUGGUAGUAAAGAAAAUUUAAAUCAAAAUGGCAACACGGAAGAUAAAGUCAAAACUGGAUUUGAUGAUGACGACGAUGUCGUUAUUCCUAAUAGAAAUGUAAUCACACCACCUAAAUCGAAUGACACAUCAAAAUCGCCAUCACCAUUACCAGCGCAAAGAAAUCCACCUGGAACAGAUACUUUAGGCAACGUCUCUCAUUCUACAACUCCUAAUAAAACUCAAUCACCUAAUGUUUCAUCAAGAUCGUCUGUAAAUGGAAGUCAGGAAGAUGUUAGCAAAGUACCAUCACGUCCUCCAAGUAACAUAGAAAGACCUAGUAGUCAAUUAGAUGGGACGCCAAGACCACCAUCACGUUCUGAGGCCGGAUUACAACGAACUUCUUCGAGAAGUUCAGUACUUGGAAGCCAAGAAGAUGUUCACAAAGUAACAUCUAGACCACCAAGUGGUCAGAAAAAAGACUCUUCGAUGCAUUCUAGCCGAGAAGAUUUACAAAAAAUUCCUCCAAGAUCUCCAAAUACUCAAGGCAGUACAAAUAUUUCUAAAAGUGGAAGUCGUGAAGAAAUUCGUUCACGACCUCCUAGUAAUUUAGAUAAAGAACCACCAACUGGUGCUUUCACUGGAUUAAAUAUUGAAUCACGACCAAUGGGUAAAAUAUCUCCAGAAAGUGGAGCAAGACCUCUCACAUUAGAACCAAAAACACCAGAUAGUUUAGCGUCAACAAAUGGAAAAGAUAUUACUUCACCAGAAACUGAUAUUGAUUUAAGUUCAUCGCCAGCACCAUCAAAAGCGCGAACUCCUAUCAGUGAAAGUAGUCGAAAAUCUGGUGCUUCAUCACGUUCUCGUUCACGUGCUGGUAAUUCAGAUACCGAAGAAGUUAGUAAAUCUGGACGAAGUAGUGUAUCUAAAAAUCGAAUUCGUUCUUCUCGUUCAAAUAAAGAAGGUGAUAACGACAGUGGGGUAGAUGAAUCAACACAAGGCAAUGACUGUGCUAAUGGAGAUCUUAGUUCACCAAGGAAAUCAAGUAAAAUACCGAAACAUUCAGCUGUAUCACCAACAAAAUCAACACCAUCCAAAAUGAAACCUCCAAAAACACCAAAGACACCAGAUCCAGAUGCGUCCAAAGAAGUACCAUUAAUUAAAAAAGUACCAAUGAAUAAAAUUCAAGUGGGAGCUGCACCAUCGCCAAAUUUGAAAGUUGUUCGAUCAAAAAUUGGUUCAUUAGAUAAUACAAGCUAUAAACCAGGAGGUGGUCAUGUACGAAUCGAAACGAAAAAACUCGAUUUCGCGAAAGUUCAACCGAAAAUCGCUGCUAAAAAUGAUACUUAUACACCAGGCGGAGGCGAUAAAAAGAUAACGCAAGUAAAAUUAAAAUGGGAAGCCAAACCAAAGGUUGGCUCCCUGGAUAAAGUCACACAUAAACCAGGUGGUGGUGAUAAAAAAAUUGAAACAGUAAAAUUAGAUUUCAAAGAUAAGGCAAAACCAAAAGUAGCAUCAAAGGAUAAUAUUAAACAUCAGCCAGCUGGUGGAGAUGUCAAGAUUGACACGAAAAAGUUAGAAUUCAAAGCUCAAAGUAAAAUAGGCUCUUUGGAUAAUGUGAAACAUAGACCAGGCGGUGGUGAUAAAAAAAUCUUCGACGAUAAAGAUUAUUUAAAACAAAUGGGUGGUCCAGGUGAACUACAUCGAUCCGUAUCUGGAAAUCAGAGCCCUGUACCAUCGGAGGGCGCAACAUCUCAACGGACCUCUGAACCACCGGUUUCUGAUGAAAAUUUAAAUAGGGAGAGUUAGACAUUAUUGCAUGUGAAUCGUAAUAAUUUUUAAAAAAAUAUUUUGAAAUUUUUUUAUAAUUUUCAAUAUUAAGAAAAAACAUAUGAUAAUAUAUGAUAACUUAACCUAUAACUUUGUUAAAAUUAUUGUUAAAUUAUUUUUCUUUAAAUUUUUUGUUUUUUUACAAAAGAAAAUAUUAUCAUUGGUUUUUAAAAACUUUAAAUAAUAUAAUAUAGCACUUAUAAGUAAUAUGUUGUUUUGUUAAAAUUUAUAAAAUGGUCCAAGAGAUGCAAAAAUUUUGAGCCUAUAAGGUAACGGAUGCAAAAUGCUAGAGGUUAUGAGUUCGAUCACCACUCUAAUGUAUUUGUACAAAGCAGACUUUUGCAACAUACAUUCAUAUAAGAAAAUAAGAAUUCAUCUUUAAACUUCUAGAAAAAAAAUAUUGAACAACUUUCACGAAAAUAAGCUGUUACCUUUAGGUUAAAAAUUUUACGACAACCUCUUAGUCUAGAAAUGCAUGUCUCAAAUAAUAGUUUUGUUCCUAUUUAUACCAAAAAAGAACAAUUUAUUUCCAGGCUUCAAAGCUAUUUUAGUAAUUUUUAACGCUUUUAAUUUGAUCAUUUUUAUUUUUUUAUUUCACGUAGAAUUUUAUUCUUAAAUUAAAUAUAAAUUUUUGAGAUCAAAGACAAUUUAUUAUAAAAUGGAAAUGAGUUUUUUGUAGAUUUAAUUAAGGAAAGCCUUCCAUUGGAAAAAAAUAAAUUGCACACUAUUACGUUAACGUAGGUAAUAAAUGAGGGGUAUCGAUAAGACCUUAGUAAAAUGCUUUGUCCUGAAUGACUUAUUGAUUGACUGACCGAUCAACGUACAGUCUAAACCGCUGAUCGUUGAAACCUAAAACUUAGAGGGUGUGUUCUUUAUAUAACGUAGGCAUCCCAUAAGAAAUUGUGCCCCUAACAGGGGGGAAUAGGGGAUGAAAGUUUUUUUGAAAUUCGUCAUUUUUGAGUCCACUAUUUAACCGAUUUUAAAUAUUAUUUCACCAAUAGAAUGAUACAUUGUCAGCAAAUAUUUAAUUUUUUUUUAAAUUAGGGUGUUCCGUAUCAAUAAAUUAAAACCCAUUAAAUGGCGAACAAAAGGAGAAUUAAGUGAAGGUAAGGGAAGAGAAGGCUAUAAAUCGGUAGUUUUUGUUUUUAAAUUUGAAAUUUUCCAGCGACGCGGGUGGUAAUUGCUAGUAUGUUAAUAUGAAAGUUAAUAUCGAGAUGAAAUAAAUAUUCUAUACGCUUUCGAAAUAGCUAGCUGACAUGUUCAAACAUGUCAUUGCCGUGGUGGUAUUGAGGUAAUAGUAACAUUAGCAAUAUUUAUGGCGGACGAGUCAAUGCAGUAUGGGCGUCGGGUCCAUACUGGUUGGCGAUACCCUCAAUACUUCUAGUGGAUAGCCCUAUUUAAUACUGUAGGAAUACUUUUGGUAACAGAGAUUCUAUCUAUGUCUCUAUACCAUAUACCAGCAUUAUAGUAAACGUCAUGCAUUUCUUACCGUGUAUGAGCGUAGGAUGGAAGCAAAGUAAUUUUAAAAUAUUUUUUUUUUUUUUUUUAAUAAAAAAGAAAGUGCUCCUUAGGACGAAAAAAAGGCCUUAUCGAUACCUCACCUUUUCGUACUUUUAUCGUAAAAGUAGUAAUUUAUUAAUAUAUUCGUAAUUUCCAAAUUUUACAUUCAAAAAUGAAAUACUCAUUUACUAUUUUGAACCAGUGGAAAGAAUUUCCUUAAAAUUAAUUUUUUUCCAAAACUAUUUUUGAAAACAAGCGUUUAAA